AUGAACGACAAACUGAUAAUAAUAAACAUUGAUGACAAACAACAGAUCACUGUAACACUUCCGUCUGAUGGAUAUUAUAAAACAAUAUCAUUGUCUGAUAAAUGGACACAAUAUGUUGUAUCAAAUGUUUUGGGAUCAAAUGUCGACAACAAUAAUGUUGAAGAAGUAGUUUUGUCCAAUAAAUUUGUUUUAAUUCGUCUCAAAGAUUCUGAUGAUAAUAAUCUAUAUAAAGUUGAACCCAAUUUUCAUCUAUUAAAUCGUUUGGAUGAUCGCAAAGAUAUCAAAAACGGCAUAAUUAUCACCCAAAAGGCUGAUCUCCAGAAAGAUGGCAUUCAUUUCUAUUCUCGAGUAUUCUUACCGUGGAUUGGAGUCAAUGAGGACCCGGUCUGCGGGUCAGCCCAUACACUGCUAACACCUUAUUGGUGUCAAAAAUUAGGACUUAGUGGACAACAAUUAAUAGCCAAACAGUGCUCUCAGAGAUCGGGUAUUGUUGGCUGUCGUCUCAAUGGGAAUGGCAUACAAUUGAGUGCAAGUGCUGUCAUUGUCUUAAAGGGACAAAUUUUCAUUUAA